CUCACUCAACACUUUCGCCACAUUUGAAGAUGGCGUGGUCAAGCAUCUUGUCCACCGCUGGCAUCCUACUAUGUACCGCUCUCGGAUACUUCGUUCAUACGGCCUACAAUCAUCGUUGCAAGAUCAAUGAGCUUCGAAAGCAGGGCGUGCCCAUGCCCCAGGGAUGGAGCUGGAUCACAGGUCAUCUAAUGGUCCUCCAGAAAUACCUGGACGGGGUCCCUCCUGAUGCGGCCGUCGCGCUGGCCAUGCGAGACCUCUGUGAGGAGCAUACUGAUACGGAGCUCUUCCUCAUGGACUUUUGGCCAGUGUAUCCCCCUCUUUUUACGGUGUUUGGUCCCGAAUCCAUCAACCAAAUUUGCAACAAAUACAAUCUCCCCAAGCCUGCCGUCGCAUCCCGAUUUAUGGAGCCAGUUACGGGUGGCCCGAAUCUCAUUAGCAUGAAUGGAGAUGAGUGGAAGUACUGGAGAUCUUUGUUCAACCCCGGAUUCAGUACUGGUGCUAUGCUCAACGGUGUACCUCACAUCGUCGACUCAGUCCUGGUCUUCCGUGAGAAGUUGAUCCAGAGAAUUGGAAAAGGCAUGUUUUCUUUGGACGAUUUGGCCACAAAACUUACUCAAGAAGUUAUCCUGAAAGUGACAUUGGAUGACGACUCAAGUAACCAAAACUCGCCUAAUGUUCUCGCAAUCACACUGGGGAAGAUCUUAAGCUGGCAUUCUUUCUGGGAUCCUCGAGUGCUCAUGCAUCCCCUUCGACCCUUCAAGCAAUGGUAUCAUGCACGGACUAUGAACAAAUACAUCCGCCACGAGCUGGAGAGACGAUUUCAAGAAACCAAGGCAGUACAUGCAGCUGACACAGACCACACACGGCAGACCUCCAAGUCUAUCAAGUCUGUCAUCACGCUUGCGCUUGAAGCAUACGUGGCACAGUCCCCAGACGCAGACUUGCUCCUCAGCCCAAAACUUGACGAGAAAUUUGCUCGCUACGCAACGUACCAAAUUCGGCUUUUCCUCUUCGCAGGCACCGACACCACAGCCUCCAUGAUGGUAUACAUCUAUCACAUGCUCGCCAAGCAUCCAGAAUGGCUUGAGAGACUGAGGGGCGAGCACGACGAGGUGUUUGGGAAGGACCCGAAUACCGCAGCCAGCGUUAUCAAGGCAAAUCCUAGCCUUUUGAACAACUGUAAGCUCACAGUGGCGUUCACAAAGGAGGUUCUUCGCAUAUAUGGCCCGGCUGGAACAGUACGUGCCGGGCGACCCGGGCUCACCGUCACCGACCACCAAGGCAGCGAACAGCCCAUGGAUUAUAUUGGCGCAAACGUACUGCAUCACGCAUUGCAUGUCAAUGCACGGGUAUGGCCAAGGCCGAAGGAGUUCCUGCCCGAGCGGUUCCUCGUUGGGCCUGAAGACGAACUGUACCCGGACCCAGCAGCAUUUCGGCCAUUCGAGCAGGGUCCAAGGAACUGCAUUGGGCAGACCUUGGUGUGGAAUGAGCUUCGGAUAGCUAUUAUUCUCACCUGCAGGGACCUUGAGUUACGGGAUGCCUACGAUGAUUUCGAUGCUGAGCGGGAGCGUCAGUUGGGCUUCGUCGAGAAGACGAAGAGGAGGUUCUUCGGACAACCUGUUCGAACCGUGCACGGAGAACGGGCGUACCAGACGGACUCGGCGGGGCUGCAUCCUGCCAACGGAUAUCCUUGCUACGUAAGCUGGGCGAAGGGCCAGCAGUAAUGGUUGCGCUACUCAAAUCAAAGAUUCGCUCGCCCAGAGUCAGAAAUAUUGGUCAUCAGUGAUUUCUCUUAAAUUUUGAGCCAUCUGCGGUGCGACUUCGUUGGCCUAUCCUCGGCAGCGUGGAGCGAUUCAAGCCGAGACAUCCACAAACUGGCUAUGGAGACUCGCGGGUUGUGGAGGUCUGGAAGGCUCACUCCAGCUUGUAGCCGCUGAAUGUCACAUCAC